CAACUUUUCUUGACUCAGCAGCAAGGUGAAUGCUUUUGAGUUUUGAACCACCAAUCAGCAUGACUUGUGAAGACGCCAGUGAUCGCCAUGACAACGAGUUUCAUUCUCUGAGAACUCAGCCCAGAGAAUUCCUGGAUCAGAUCAAGGGGAGAUCACUCUGUCCAAAAUGUGGAAAAUCUAGGAAGUUUUAUUGUUACACUUGCUAUAUCCUCAUGGAAGAUGUCAAAACAAAGUUAAAACAAGUAAAGCUACCGGUUAAAGUGGAUAUCAUCAAGCAUCCAAAUGAGGUGGAUGGCAAGAGUACAGCUCCUCACGCCAGAGUUAUCUCCCCUGAUGAUGUGACCAUCUACACAUACCCUUGUAUUCCUGAUUACGACAAGGAGAAGGUGAUUCUAGUGUUUCCCAGUGAGGAAUCUGUAACCUUGAAUCAGCUGAAGGUACCUAAAAUACAGGUGGAGAAAUCUGUGAACAGUUCGAUCAGCACAAGUGAAACAGACCGAAACUCAGUCGUGGCACAUCAAGUUUUAAAUGAAACGUCUGACGAGAGAAAAUCUACUGGUGUGCAUCAGGACUGCAAAACAGAACCUGACUUGAAUGAUUUUUGUAGCCAAAGUGAUUGUGAUCGAAAGCGGAAAGCAUCAAUAUCCGCAAUUGAAGGUUGUGGACACGAUAGCGAAGAGAAACAAAUAAAGCUGGAUGAAAGAGGCGGUAGAGCAAAGGUCAUAGGUCACGGAGCAGAGUUUGACAAUUCGGAUGUGUCACAGUGUCAUCCAUCCUUUGAUCGGGUCAUCUUUAUCGACAGCACAUGGCUGCAAUCUAAGAAGAUUUUCAGCGAUGAGAGACUGAAAGGUAUACGACAGGUGGAGAUCAAGACAAGGCUGACCAAGUACUGGCGACCGCAAGGCAACCACCCAGACACCUAUUUGGCGACUAUCGAGGCCAUAUACUACUUUUGUGUGGACUUUCAUAAAGUGUUUAUUUCAGACGAUUAUGCAGGAGACUAUGAUAAUCUGCUCUUCUUCUUUCUUUAUACAUACGACAAAGUGAAGUUAUCCAAGAACAGCAAAAAAGCAUGCAAAAGAUAGGGAAACUACGUUAGGAGUUUUUUUGUGGGCGGGGUGUGUGUGUUCUAGUCAUUCCAUUUGUGUCAUUCCCAGUAUCCUUUAGCGUAGUAUUUCAUGCCUAUCCAUGGCUACAUGUGAGGACAAUUUCUGUGUUAUAAUAUAGCAUAGUUCGUAGAGCGUCCGCUUCGGGGGUGGUAGAUCUGGGGUUAAUCCUGGGUCGGGUCACACCUACGACUUUAAAAAAGAGGAAGUCGCAUUAAGGAGAUAGUGAAAUGGCAGGUUGACUCUAUCAGUACAAUGGCUCGGGAAGGUGGGCUUACUUGCCUUUGGUAAGUCGUCUCAGUGAAGCAGCUCCAGGUAAAAGAACGGUGGAAAUCGGUCCUGUAAUAAGGAGGCACAUUAUAUGCACUCCAAGGACUCUUUCGUCGUCAUAUGACUGAACAAUUGUUAAGUGCAACAUUAAACUCCAAGUACGCACUCACCAUAGUUUUAUUUUUUGCUCAACAAUAUCAGAUUCGCAAAGCAGUAAAGAUUGUAAUUCAGAAGACUUCUGUGUACGUUUCUCAAUAAUUUCAGUUGACGUCUUCAGAAUUCCAUGGACAGGAUGGCUUGAUCAUCAAA